CUAACUGCGGCUUCAGGCUUGUGUUCAAAACUCUUUGACUCAUUUCAGCUCAGUUCACGUGUUUAUUCAAACAUUAAACAUGAAAACGUCUUAAAUAGCGACCUAGGUUAGCCCAGCAGCUACUAGCUAACAGGAGCUACUCUCAGACAGUCAGAGGGAGACGCUCCUGUUCGUAGGAAUCAGUUUAACGAUGUCCACAUGCUAACGUACGUCCUUUACGUUGUCAUUGACCCGUACAUCCAGUAGAGGGCAGCGCAGAGUUUGACAACAAAUGACAACGAGGAGGCGGUGAAGAAGUUUCUGCUUCUUCUUCGUCUCUUCUUACUGAUCCUGUACUUUCUUCUCCUCUCAAACUUCCACCAUCGUCUUCCUCAUUUCCCACGGGCGCAGCGUUGCCUGAUGGGAAAUGUUGAAGUAUCGUACCAGAAGCUUAACAUUAUUCUAAUUUGAGUAAAAUAACAGUAAACGACCAGAGCGUUAUUGAUCGUACAGAGGGGAAAGUAUCAUACAACUGGCAACACUGUGAUCGUCUCACUUGAACUCGUGGCUAUUGGUUUUGUAUCUUUAAGUUUUAUUGAGCGAAUAUACAAACAAUAUUAAUUCAGAGUACAAAUAGAAGACGGUCAGUUUACAUGUGUGUAUCGUUGAGCUUUAAUGAGCCUUUAGCCCGAGGCUAACUGAUCCUAGAACCUGAUCCUCAUCAAUUCUCUGAAGGUGCUGAAUGAAUCUGAUCAGUUUAAUGUGAUGAGUAUCGGAUGUGUUCGUUUCUGUCCUCAGUGUCCUGGUGUCCUCAGAAUCCUGGUGUCUUCAGCGUCCUGGUGUCUUCAGCGCCCUGGUGUCUUCAGUGUCCUGGUGUCUUCAGCUUCCUGGUGUCUUCAGCGCCCUGGUGUCUUCAGUGUCCUGGUGUCUUCAGUGUCCUGGUGUCUUCAGCUUCCUGGUGUCUUCAGCUUCCUGGUGUCUUCAGUGUCCUGGUGUCUUCAGCUUCCUGGUGUCUUCAGUGUCCUGGUGUCUUCAGUGUCCUGGUGUCUUCAGUGUCCUGGUGUCUUCAGUGUCCUGGUGUCUUCAGCUUCCUGGUGUCUUCAGCUUCCUGGUGUCUUCAGUGUCCUGGUGUCUUCAGUGUCCUGGUGUCUUCAGUGUCCUGGUGUCUUCAGCUUCCUGGUGUCUUCAGUGUCCUGGUGUCUUCAGUGUCCUGGUGUCUUCAGCUUCCUGGUGUCUUCAGCUUCCUGGUGUCUUCAGUGUCCUGGUGUCAAGUGUCCUGGUGUCUUCAGCUUCCUGGUGUCUUCAGCUUCCUGGUGUCAAGUGUCCUGGUGUCUUCAGCUUCCUGGUGUCUUCAGCUUCCUGGUGUCAAGUGUCCUGGUGUCUUCAGCUUCCUGGUGUCCUUAGCGUCCGUAUGCCUCUGAUGACAUGAGCAGUUCUUGGACGACCCGAUUGCUCCCCUGAGCCACAGCUAAUUGGACGGACGACUUAUUGCCUUGAAAUCAAUUGACUCUGCUUUGUUUCAAGUGGGGAGUCAGAUAUGAUGACCAAUCAGCAGUAACUGUUCCAGAGGGUUAACCCCCCCCCCUCUCUAGUGUGAUGACGUCUCUUUUUCAGGCUCACAGGAAGAGGAGGAGCACAGGAAGUUCUGUUCGUUCCCAACCCAGCACCAAGAACAGCAGAGCGGCUAACGCUAACAGAGUGGCUAGCAGGAUGGCUGAUGUUAGCAGCACACCUGAUGGUGACACUCCCCCCUCCACAGAGACCAUUGAUGUGAUGGACAACGCUGAGGACAGUGUAGAGGAGGUGGUGGAUCUGACCUGUGAAGCAUCAGAAGCUGCUGUGGUCGACCUCACCAACAACGACUCAGUGCUGCUGGUGGACGAAGGUCCUCAGAACAGGAGAGUCCCCACAGGUGAGAGUUACAUCGUCAGCAGUGAUGAAGACGAGGACACGCUCCCUGUCCUCAACCCUGCCACCAUGUCCUCUGUGCACACCUCCAGGUCGACUCCGGGGACGAUCAGUUGUCCUGUUUGUCUGGACUCGUACUCUGAGAUUGUAGACAGCGGCCGAUUGGUUGUGUCCACUAAAUGUGGUCACGUGUUCUGCAGUCAGUGUCUGAGAGACGCUCUGAAAUCAUCACACACGUGUCCUACCUGCAGGAAGAGACUCACCCACCGCCAGUACCACCCCCUCUACGUCUGACAUCACCAGGGACCUCACCAGAUGACCUUUGCUGCUGAAACUUUUUUUUUUUAUCAGAAACAAGAAGCCUUCAGUCAGAUCGUAUUGAUAAUUGAUUGAUAAUUUAUAUUUUCAGUUUUCAUCUGAUCGUUUAAGUUUAUUGGUUUAAGUAAAAAUAAAUACUAUUGAUUCUAUGGA